AUGUAUAAUUUAUUAGAGACAAUUAAUGAUACGGAUAAUAUUAAUUUAAAUUUUGUAAAUUGUAAUGGAACAAGCAGUGAUUGUAGUGGUCAUGGGACAUGUACAAAUGGAUUGUGCAAAUGUAUCGGUUUAUAUACGGGCGGUGAAUGCGAAACCCAUUACGAAGUUUCUUUGGGCGGUUCCUAUAAAGCAUUUAGAUUUAUAUUUUUAGCAAUUUUUGUAGUUUUAGCGGGAAUCACCAUUUUUCAAGCAUAUAAAUCAUUUUUUUUCUGGAAAUCUGGAAAAUUAGUAUAUAGAUUGAAAUUUAUGAAUCAUAUUGUGGUUUUAAUAUUUGAAUUAUUAAGAAUUAUUUAUUUUAUUACCGAUCCAUGGGGAUACCGUAAUUAUGUUUCAAGAGCAACUAGCGAAAUUUUAUAUAAUUUUCCAAUAUAUUUUGUAUUUACUGCAUAUAUUAUAUUGUUAAUUUAUUGGUGUUAUACAUAUAGUGUAAUAUCAUAUAAAUUAAAACCAAAGGGAAUCGACGGUCCCAUUCAAAAAAGAACCUUAUUAAAGGCUAUUCCAAUCUUUAUAUUUAUAAAUAUAAUUUGGUUUAUCUUUGAAAUCAUUCGUAUCAUACUCGGUGCAAUUGGUAAAGAUAAAGGAAGUGUUUAUAAUAAUGCCUACAAUGCUUGGGUUGGUGUAGCAUGUUUUUCAACCCUUAUUUGUUUUUCAAUCUAUGGUUCAUUAUUAAUUAAAAAAAUAAGAUUGCUACCAACUUCAGAAAAAGAAAAAUCAGCUACUGUUAAAAGACUUACCAUUAUUACAAUUUGUGUAUCUGUUAGUUUAUUCAUUUCCAUCUUGCCCCCAAUUUUAUUCUUUUUUUUAGGUUUUUACAAUUCACCUCGUGGUAUGUUAACUAAUGUUUCAGUUGUGCACGGUAUUGAAGCAAUAUUAACAAUUGAAUUAUUAUACAUUAUGAAGCCUAAAGAAGUAUUCAAUGGUAAUAAUUCAGAUAGUGAAAAAAGUAAAAAGAAAUCAAACAUCACUAAAACAAGAUCAGAAUCAGUUUCAUAUUAUAAACAACACAACUCCUCACCCAAUGCCUCCCCCAGAAACUCACCAAGAGAUUCAAGAUUCUCUAAGGAAAUUAAAGAACCAAAUUUCUCCUCCAGCUUCACUCCAUCUACCCCACCAACCAAUAAUUUAGACAAUAGUUUUCACAACCAACACAACAAUAACGAUAAUUUAAAUAGUAGUAAUGAUGAGAUCAUUAAUCACCAUGACCACUCAAGUAAUAGUAGUAAUAAUGAUAAUAGCAGUAAUGAAAAUAGUAAUGUAACCACUGAAAAUGAAACCGAACCAAUGGUUUUUAUCAAUACCAGAAACAACAACAACAACAACACCACUAGUGAUGAUGAUAAUAACGAAAAUAAUAAUAACAACAUUGAAAUAGAAAUGAAUGAAAAUAUACAACAAAACGGAGCUAGCGAAACUGUCGAAUCUGAUUCAGUUGACCAAAAUGUCUAA